CAUUCCCGGGUUCCUAACACUAGAAUCUUAACUAGCCAUCCUCACCCGUUCCUGUCAGUUCCAAAACUCGGGCGCCAGGACUGUAAAGUCCAACAGGUCCCAACCAGCUGGCCAAAACCGAUCCGCAGACGACCGGGACGCCACCGGAAGCCCGGCUGCCCCGAGGCAGGCCUGCGCCUGCGCACCAGCUCCUCCGUGGCGGCCAGCCGGAAGCGGCAGUGCGCGCGGCCCGGGUCAGCGUUGGCGCAGCGACUGGCGCGGCGUCCCGCUCCGGCGGGCGGCGUGCUGAGGCAUGGAGACCCGCGGGGCAGACCCCCGGGCCACGCUGGUGCUGAGUAACCUGGCGGAGGUGGUGGAGCGCGUGUUCACCUUCCUGCCCGCCAAGGCGCUGCUGCGGGUGGCCGGCGUGUGCCGCCUGUGGAGGGAGUGCGUGCGCCGGGUGCUGCGGACACACCGCACCGUGACCUGGAUCGCCGCGGGCCCGGCCGAGGCCGGACACCUGGACGGGCACUGCCUGGUGCGCGCGCUGGCCGCGGAGCUGGAGAAUGUUCACGUCUUACCACAGACAGUUCUCUACAUGGCUGAUUCUGAAACUUUCAUUAGCCUUGAAGAAUGCCGUGGCCAUAAGAGAGCAAGGAAGAGGACGAGUAUGGAGGCUGCGCUGGCCCUUGAGAAGCUGCUGCCCCGGCACUGCCAGGUCCUUGGAAUUGUGGCCCCCGGAAUCGUUGUGACUCCUAUGGGAUCCACUGGCAAUCGACCUCUGGAGAUAGAAAUUGGAGAAUCUGGUUUUGCUCUGUUGUUCCCUCAGAUUGAAGGAAUAAAAAUUCAGCCCUUUCAUUUUAUGAAGGAUCCAAAGAACUCCACACUAGAGAGACACCAGCUCACCGAAGUAGGUCUCCUAGACAACCCCGAGCUCCGCGUGGUCCUGGUAUUCGGUUACAACUGCUGCAAAGCAGGGGCCAGCACAUACCUGCAGCGAGUAGUCAGCACCUUCAGUGACAUGAACGUCAUCUUGGCCGGGGGCCAGGUGGACCACCUGUCAUCACUGACCUGCGGAAGGCGCCCUCUGGGGGUGGAGGCUGCCGGCGUGGUGGGCCUGGCCUUCAGUGGGCCCCGGAUCCAGAGUGCCACCGUGCUGCUCAACGAGGACGUGAACGACGAGCCGUCGGCCGAGGCCGCCAUGCAGCGGCUCAAGGCGGCCAACAUCCCGGAGCAGAACACCGUGGCCUUCAUGUUCGCCUGCGUGGGCCGGGGCUUCCGCUACUACAGGGCCAAGGGGAACGUGGAGGCCGACGCCUUCCGGAAGCUUUUCCCCAGGGUUCCCUUGUUUGGCUUCUUUGGGAACGGAGAGAUCGGCUGCGACCGCAUCGUCACCGGGAACUUCACCCUGAGGAAGUGCAGCGAACUCAAGGGCGAGGACCUGUUCCACAGCUACACGACCGUGGUGGCGCUCGUGCACCUGGGCUCGCCCCAGUGAGGCCGCUGCCAGGCUGUGGGCACACCUCGGGCUCCAGGCGAUGGGAGCAAAGAGAAAUUGGGCUCUGUGCGGUGCCUGCGGCGGGCGCUGUCAGCACCCUGGGGUGCUCUCUCCCACUGCGCUGGUGGAGGUCUCAGAGAAGCAGCGGAGGCUCUGCCACGCAGCACAGUGGGCCAGUCAGGCAGCUGCGUGGACGGGGCUCUGUCCCCCGUGGAGGAAGGCCAAAAGGAGGUUGGUCGGUAGGAUGACAAUUUAGAACAUUCCAUGGCUACCUCUUUUUCUUGUAAGAUGAUCUUUUAGCAGAAUUAAACAUUUUUUUUCUCCUUCAAUAAAGGAGAGAAUAUACGAACGGGCUGGGAAAUCUUCCUCUGCUUUUCAGUUUUGCCAAUACUUCAGAGGCUGCAAGGCUAUAUUACUGACCUUUUUUAACUCAUUUGAUAAAAAUUUGAACUAUUUUUGUUUGGUAGUCUAAUUUUGAAUUGCCAAGGGUAAUUAGUAUUGUAUUGUAAGUGAAACAUUUUCAACAAAGACUGUAAGAGACUUUUUUUUUUUUUAAAUGAAUCCAGAGAAUUGGCGAGAGUUCAGUGAUCUCACUCUGGGGUUAUGCUGAUAAAGCACACCUUGGCCGUGCACACCUCUCUGCUGCUGGGUGCAGGCAGGGUGGCGGGCAGCUCCCCGGCCUGGCCUGUGCCUGGCAGGCUAGUGAAGGCACACCCCUGAGCAAGGGCUGUCUGAAAUGGGGGAACAGCCAAUGUCUUCUGGGUGCCCGCCUGCGGUGGGCUGUGCAGCGCCCCCGGCCACACCCACGGGAGGCUCCAGGCCUGCGUGGCUGCCCUGGGUAGAGGCGGGCAGGGUGGGACCUGUUCAAGCCGCAGCAUUGCUUCCAGCUCCGGCCUCGGAUGCGGUUGUUAGUCCAUUCCAGGUAGCAGGACACAUGUGGUGGUGAUGGGCCAGGUUCCCACAGGCUGAGCAGGCAAGUCAGUUCCGUUUUCUACUUCAGUCACUUUUCUCCCUAUUUUUACCUCAAAGGAAUUUGUUCUUAGCAUAUAAAUACAUAUGAUUAAAAGCUUAAAGAGGUCCUUCGUUUUAUGAUUGUUCCAAAUAUUAAUUCCAAAUAAAGUUUUUAAAGGUUU